AUGAAAACAAGCUUAUUAACCAUUAUUGCUUUGGCACUCACUACCAACGCUCUCUUUCUUCCAAACUAUAAUGACAUAAUCGAUGUCUUUAAAAUUGAUGCUGUUGAAAAGGCCCACCACCAGCAAGAGGCUACUAUCAAACCGGUAGAUGGUACUACUCUUGCGCCAUUGGUUGUUCAUGAACAAGGUAUUGAGAACAAGUACAUCGUUGUGCUUAAGUCUGAUGUCUCGGCUGACGAGUUCAAGAUUGAAGGUCUUAUGGAUGGUAUUUUGGACCGUUUUAACAUUGACGGAUUCUUAGGAUUUACUGGUCAAUUUACCGAAGCUGCCGUCGAAUUGUUGAGAAGAAACCCUUUGGUUGCAUUUAUUGAACAGGACAGUGUUGUCCACACCAAUGAAUUUGACGUUGAAAAGGGUGCCCCAUGGGGAUUGGCUAGAGUUUCCCAUAGACAACCAUUGUCAUUAUCGUCAUUUGACCAAUAUUUGUACGACACUGAAGGUGGUGAAGGUGUUACUUCCUACGUUAUUGACACUGGUAUCAAUGUCAAACACACUGAGUUUGAUGGUAGAGCUGUUUGGGGUAAGACCAUCCCUACCGGUGAUGAUGACUUGGAUGGCAAUGGACACGGUACCCAUUGUGCUGGUACAAUUGCAUCCAAGGAUUACGGUGUUGCUAAAAAGGCUGAAGUUGUUGCUAUCAAGGUCUUGAGAUCCAAUGGAUCAGGCUCAAUGUCUGAUGUUGUUAAAGGAAUUGAAUAUGCUGCCAAGGCCCAUCAAGAUGCCGUCAAAAAUGGCAAAAAGGGUUUCAAAGGCUCAACUGCCAAUAUGUCUCUUGGUGGUGGCAGAUCUCAAGCUUUAGAUUUGGCAGUCAAUGCAGCAGUUAAAGCUGGUCUUCAUUUUGCUGUUGCUGCCGGUAAUGAAAACCAAGAUGCCUGUAACACUUCACCAGCUGCCGCUGAGGGGGCCAUCACUGUUGGUGCAUCAACAAUUUCCGACGAGAGAGCCUACUUUUCAAACUACGGUAAGUGUGUUGACAUUUUUGCUCCUGGUUUGAAUAUCUUGUCCACUUACAUUGGCUCUGACACUGCCACUGCAUACUUGUCAGGUACUUCAAUGGCCUCUCCACACGUUGCUGGUUUAUUGUCCUACUACCUUUCCUUGCAACCAGGAUCUGAUUCCGAAUUCUUUGUUGCUGCCGACGGAGUUACUCCAGCUCAAUUGAAGAAGAAUUUGAUUUCAUUUGGUACUGAUGGUAUUUUGGCUGAUGUUCCUGAAGAUACCCCAAAUAUUUUGGCCUUCAACGGUGCUGGCCAUAAUUUGACCGAGUUCUGGCACCACAAGUAA